AUGAAGAGUGAAUAUGAAAAGACUGCAAUUUUCCCGCACCGCGAGCAAAAAGCGACUGGUAAAAGGCGGUCUCACGCCACAGCCGCCGGCGGCCGGAAAGAGAGUAAUCGCCAUCAGACUGAAGGUCUAUCUAGCAGUGCUCGAGCCGCACACACUGCCAAGUUAGUGGGGAAGUAUGGCUUUUCAUGUGGAUUAUUUGCUGCGUUAUUUUCUUUCACUAAUUGUGGAGUACAAAGGUAUCGGCAGCGGAAAGACUGGGUGAAUACCUUGGCAGCUGGCGUUGUUGCUGGUGCUGCAUUUGGUGCCGGAACCCGAGAUUGGAAGCAAGUUGCUGCCUCCGUAGUUCGUCCUUCUACCGGCCAAGCAGAGAACUUCAGGGGACUCGUAUCGAACUCCUUAUCCAGAGAUCAUAUAUUAGCUGGAUAUGAGGUGAGUCGAUAUGAAGUGAUUUCUGUUCUGCUUUUGAAAUGCCAUUUUUGGUUGGAUGUGAGUAAAAGAGAUUGUCGGCCAAUGGAUGAGGAUGUCCCUGGGAAGAAUGAGGAAGAGGAGUUCAACACAGGACCAUUGUCUGUGUUGAUGAUGAGUGUUAAAAAUAACACACAGGUCCUCAUCAACUGCCGCAAUAACAAAAAGCUUUUGGGCCAUGUGAGGGCCUUCGAUCGCCACUGCAAUAUGGUGCUAGAAAAUGUGCGGGAAAUGUGGACCGAGGUGCCCAAGACUGGGAAAGGCAAGAAGAAAUCUCUUCCGGUGAACAAGGAUCGCUUUAUUAGCAAGAUGUUUCUUCGUGGAGAUUCUGUGAUCAUUGUCCUCCGAAACCCCAAGUAAAAGGUUUGUAGUACUCUUAUGGGGGUUUGAUUUCGUGGCCUGCAGAAUACUGAUAAUCUGAUGGUUACGUGACUUUGUGACUUUGCAACUAUUUACGCUUGAUAAACUUCUAUCUUUCUGAAUUGAUUGUAGUUAUUUUGACUUGAAAUAUUGAAGGACUAAUAUGUACGCUUUUGUUGAAAUUAGAAGCUUGGGAUUUUUUUCUGCGUUUUGUUGUGGGAUUGUUUUUUAUAGUGGAGGCCCCAUUAAAUCUGCAUCAACUUAUUAGAAUAACA